AUGGCCCUGGAAACGGAAAGUGUACAAUCGCCGGAAGCUGCACCCGAACCGGUGGCUACGUCCGGAUCCGACGGGAUUGUUGGGGGUGGCGAUGCUGGUGGAAAAAAGAAAGGUUUCGCUAAAAACAAAAAACAGAAUGGCAAAUCGAAUUCUCCUCCAGCUGGUGGAAACGAUAAGGAAACGAUCGGUAACGGUCACGCGGUACAGAACGGGCUGAACGGUCAUUUUAGCUCGGAAGAGUCGGAUGCUGUGACCGCAAACGAUGGUGGUGCGGAUGACAAAAGUGCUGGUGUGGCCGGUGGUGGAGGAACCACGGACCCAUCAACGGCCGGCGACGAUGAUGUGAUGAAGCUAAUGCAGGAGACCGGCUUCACGGUGCAGGUGCUGUCGCCUGGCGUGGAACCACUCUCGAUACAGGUGUCGAGCAUGGAGCUGGUGCAGGAAAUUCAUCAGCUGCUGAUGGACCGGGAAGACACCUGCCACCGGACGUGCUUUUCGCUGCAGCUCGACGGCCGUACGUUGGAUAAUUUUGCCGAGCUUAAAAACAUCGACGGGCUGCAGGAGGGAUCGGUGAUCCGGGUGGUAGAAGAACCGUACACAAUGCGCGAGGCGCGCAUCCAUGUGCGCCACGUGCGCGAUCUACUAAAAUCACUGGACCCGGCCGAUGCGUACAACGGGGUGGACUGUAGUUCGCUUACGUUUCUGCACACGAUAACGAUGGGUGAUAUCAUGGAGAAGAAAAAGACACGCCAGGAAAGUGUGGACUGUACGCCGCCCGAUUUUAUCAUGCCCGGUGCGAAGGAACGUCCGCUGCUGCCACUGCAGCCGGGUUCGGGCAAAAAGGGCAAUCCACAACCGCUGAAGGUGCUGACGACCUCUGCCUGGAAUCCACCGCCCGGUCCGCGCAAACUGCACGGUGAUCUGAUGUACCUUUACGUGGUGACGAUGGAAGACAAGCGGCUACACAUUUCCGCCUGUUCGCGCGGCUUCUACGUCAAUCAGUCGACGGACGAUACGUUCAACCCACAGCCGGCCAAUCCGAGCUACCUCUCACACUCGUUGAUCGAUCUGCUAUCGCAGAUAUCGGCCACCUUCAGGCGAUGUUUCACGCAGAUGCAAAAGAAACGCACCCAACGCCAUCCCUUUGAGCGUGUGGCAACACCGUACCAGGUUUACACGUGGACGGCUCCCGCAUUGGAGCACACGAUCGAUGCGAUACGUGCGGAAGAUACGUUCUCGUCGAAGCUGGGCUACGAAGAGCACAUCCCGGGCCAAACGCGCGACUGGAACGAAGAGCUACAGACGACGCGGGAACUGCCGAGAGCAACACUCCCGGAGCGAUUGCUUCGCGAGCGGGCCAUUUUUAAGGUGCACAGUGAUUUCGUCACGGCAGCGACCCGUGGCGCGAUGGCCGUGAUCGACGGUAACGUAAUGCCGAUCAAUCCGGGCGAGGACGCCAAAACGCAGAUGUUCAUUUGGAACAACAUCUUCUUCUCGCUUGGGUUCGACGUGCGGGACCAUUACAAGGAACUCGGUGGUGAUGCGGCCGCAUUUGUGGCACCGCGCAAUGAUCUGCACGGUGUGCGUGUGUACAGUGCGGUGGACGUGGAAGGGCUCUACACGCUCGGUACGGUGGUGAUCGACUAUCGUGGUUACCGUGUCACGGCGCAAUCUAUCAUACCGGGCAUACUGGAGCGUGAGCAGGACCAAUCGGUCGUGUAUGGAUCGAUCGAUUUCGGCAAAACGGUGCUUUCGCAUCCCAAGUAUCUCGAGCUGCUAAAUGCGGCUGGGAAACAUUUGAGAAUUCAACCGCACAGCGUGUACAACGACAAGCAGGAAUCGAUAGAGCUGUGCUCGUCGGUAGAAUGCAAAGGCAUCAUCGGUAACGAUGGAAGACACUACAUUCUCGACCUGCUCCGUACGUUCCCACCGGAUGUGAACUUUCUUGUACUGCCGGCCGAGGAGGAAGCGGUCGGGCGGGAUAGCCAAGCGAUGGGUUUCCCGAUCGAACACCGGCACAAGCUUUGCUGUCUCCGCCAGGAACUGCUGGAAGCGUUCGUGGAGAACCGGUAUCUGCUGUUCAUGAAGCAUGCCGCCGUACAGUUGCAGCAGUGCGUGAAAAAGAAGCAGGAACAAAAGGCUACCGUUGGUGCGACGAAGGCUUCCGGUGAUGAAACAAAACCGGCUGCGAUCGAAGAAGCAGGAGUGGUGGAGAGUGAAAAGACGGAUGCGAAGGAUGCAAAGGAUGUGAAGGAUGUGAAUGAAGUGACGGUAAAGGAUGCGUCGCGCCCAGUGCCGAAAGCGGACAGUGAUGAUGCAAAGAAGCUGGUCGAAUCGUUAAUUUCGAGCGAUCAGAUGAACGAAAGCAAGGAGGUAGUGAAGCGUGUCUGCGAAGCAGUGGGCUCGCUGAAGGAGUACGAGUUCGAUAUCCGUUUCAAUCCGGACGUUUAUUCGCCCGGCAUCCGGCACGUUGAUGGUGAGCCGAAUGCGGCGAGUUCGUUGCGCCGCCAGAAGCAGCUCGUGAAGGAUGCGGCCGAGUUUUUAGUGAAGCACCAGAUACCGACCUUCGUGCACGAAUGUCUCGAUCAUUCGUCGGGCCCGAUGGAUGGCGUUACGCUGACCGAGCUACUGCACAACCGGGGCAUUAACGUGCGCUACCUCGGCAAGGUGGUGGACCAGUUGGCUAAGAUAAAACAGCUCGAGUACCUGCACACGAUCGCUGUGUCGGAGCUGAUCGUACGCGCCGCCAAGCAUAUCUUUACCACGUAUCUGCAGCAAACGGACGUCAUGAGUAUGGCGGCCGCAAUCAGUCACUUCCUGAAUUGCUUCCUAACGGUGUCGACCAUCGGUUACCAGCCGUUUGCGAACGGUAACGGUGGUGAUGGUGAUGGACAGCUGGCGGACGAGUUCGGUCCGAAAUCAUCAGCCGGUGGCAAGAAACAAAGCAAACAGAGCAAACGGGGCGGAAAGGGAACGGGUGGUGGUAAUGGCGGUGGACGGAAAACAACAUUUUCCGUUCCAUCAUCGGAUAAUAACGAGUGGCAGUCGCUCACGUCAAAGUCAUUGUGGGGACAGAUCCGACAGGAGCUGAAAGCGUACUGGGACUUUGAGCUAACGGUGGAACCUUCCAAGGAAGGUAAAGCGGUCACCGCGAUCGACUCGAUCGAACCGCUCAUUGGUGCGUUCAAGCUGCAGAAGAUAAGUCUGCUGCGUGCUUUCUGUCUGAAAACGGGCGUACAGAUAAUGCUGCAGGAGUACGCGUUCGAGCAGCGCAAUCGACCGGCUUUCAGCGAUGCGGAUAUUGUGAACGUGUUCCCGGUGGUAAAACACAUUAAUCCACGCGCCUCGGAUGCGUACAACUUCUACACGACCGGCCAGACGAAGAUACAGCAGGGUUACCUUCAGGACGGGUACGGACUGAUCAGUGAGGCGCUGAAUCUGCUGAACAACGUGUACGGUGCGAUGCAUCCGGAGAAUGCACAGUGUUUGCGUAUGUUGGCCCGUCUUAGCUACAUCAUGGGCGAUCCGCAGGAAGCACUAGCCAUUCAGCAGCGAGCGGUACUGAUGAGUGAGCGAGUGAAUGGUGUCGAUCAUCCGUAUACUAUUUCCGAAUAUGCCCAUCUUGCAUUGUACUGCUUUGCUAACAGUCAAAUUAGCACCGCCCUGAAAUUGUUGUAUCGCGCCCGGUAUCUGGCCACCAUCGUGUGUGGUGAAAACCAUCCCGAUAUUGCGCUGAUGGAUAGCAACAUUAGUCUGAUCCUUCACGCAGUCGGUGAAUACGAACUAUCGCUUCGCUUUUUGGAGCACGCACUGGCACUGAACAUUCGGUACUAUGGUGAAAAGUCACUUAAGGUAGCCGUCAGCUACCAUCUCGUAGCACGAACGCAAAGCUGUAUGGGUGAUUUCCGAUCUGCGCUGGUAAACGAGAAGGAAACGUAUGCCAUUUAUAAGCAGCAGCUUGGCGAAAGCCACGAGAAGACACAAGAAUCGUCCGAAUGCCUACGCCACCUGACGCAACAAGCGGUUGUGCUGCAGAAGAAGAUGAACUACGCCAACGGCAAGCUGCUCAGUACGGGGCUACCACCGAUUCAUAUUCAGCCACCAUCGAUGGGUUCGGUGUUGGACAUGCUGAACGCAAUCAAUGGUAUCAUUUUUGUACAAAUAAGCUCCAAAGAAAUUGCCAACUUCAAGAAUGAAAUUGAAAAGCGCCAGAAGGAAGCGGGCCAAAGUCAACCGCAGCCAACAGCGCCGGUGCAAGCGAAUCAGGAGGAGGUCGAUCGGAUGCUGAUGGAAACGAUGCAGAAAACGGCCGCCGGUAUUCCGUUCGAGGAGCAGGACGGUGAAAGGAAGGAAAGUGCGGUAGCGCAAGAGGAGCCUGCGAAGCCGGUUGAAGUGGCAUCGAGUUGA